AUGCUCUCCUCGUCCACCCAUGGAGAUGGCCACAACAGCAACAACUCGGAGGACGACUCGUCUAGUGGCAAGCGAAGUGCUAGGGGUCAGUCCGCUGCUCCCUCCACAUCCUCGGAUGACGGUGUUGGAGCCGACGGUCUGUCCAAGUCUCUCAGCUCUGCCAAUGCCAUGCUGCACAAGUGCGAAGCCUGCAACAAAGUCUACCGACAUCCCAGCUGUCUGAUCAAGCAUCGUUGGGAGCACACCAUCUACUGGAAGGAGGCGUCGAAAUUUCUCAUGUCAAAGCACCAGCAGGUUCAGUUGCUAGAAGCUGCGGCAAUCCUGGUCGGCAUGGACAACAAUGCGCGGUCUCUCCCCGAAGAAAAGGCACUCUGGCCAGCUGCCGUUAGCCCGCCCAGCUCUGGCCUGCUAGGUUCCGACCGGAUCAACUUUGAGAAGCUCAUGGCUCAAAAGGGACAAUAUCGCGGCGCAAGUCGAGAACCGCCAUCCCCUUUCCUCAAUGGCAACACGCCUUCCUCGCGGUACACGCCGCUUCCAUCCACCACGCCGCAGAGUCUUCCAUACCGACCGUCCAACGGAAGUCUGCCUAGUCCUCUCGACGCCCUCACGUCGCUCAACAUCAGCACGCCUCGCAUGCGCGGCGGCAUGCACAAUGGCGAUGUGCAGCACCUCCAGCUCGACGAGAGUGCUGAGCGCACCGAUCGAUCAGGGUCAGCAGACACGGAGGACGACGACCAUGACCCCGACACGCCACCUGACCACAGCUUGUCGGAUGAGCGCGAGAGAAGCGAUCUAGGCGCAGGCAUCGAGAUCGAAAUGGACAUGGACGAAUAG